AGUAUCAUUAAUUUUCUCGCCGAGUCGUGGAUAGUUGAUCUGGUGUUGACUAUGGCAGUGUGUAUUUCAAUAAUUGGGAAAGAUAAUGCCCCUUUAUACUUAACUACAGCUGAUUUGGAUAAAGAAUUGGAACUGCAGUAUCGUGUACAUGCAGCACUCGAUGUCGUUGAGGAAAAAUGCCUACCCAUGGCUAAGGGUACACCAGAAUCGAAGGAGCUUUAUUUGGGCAUGUUAUACUCGACAGAGACCCAUAAAAUUUAUGGAUUCGUGACUAACACAAAAAUUAAGUUCAUCAUUGUCGUGGAUUCGGGAAAUAUAGCAUUGCGCGAAAAUGAAGUGCGGGCGAUGUUUCGAAAUUUGCAUAUGCUUUAUACGGAUGCAGUUUGUAAUCCUUUUUAUGCGCCUGGUGAGCCUCUAACUUCCAAAAAAUUCGAUCGAGCAGUGCAAAAAAUUAUGGGUGGAAAUGCCUAAAUUUAUUUACUUUUUCAAUUCGUAAUUUGUUAGAGUAGUAUUAUAUUAAUGUGUAUAUUAAGUUAACUAAAUAAAUCUGUUUAUGUAA